GCCAGUCAGUUGCGUCUGUUCCGUGUACGAGAUGAGGAACGCCGGGGCCUUGUUCUUGCUUACGGCGCUGAGUCUGGCAGCGGCAGAUGAUAAAGCACAGGACGUUGCCACCUUACAGCCGCCCACCGACGUGGCGCAGGCUCGUCAUCCCACGGUACGCACAAACAUCCAGCCCCACUUGUCCGCCACAGUGUACGACGGGUCGCCAGUUCACCACGACUUGAAGCCGUCAGGUUCCUCUGACUUCGCUUACACGUACCAAGGGGCGAGUGGGAGCUCCGGGUUCGACCAUUUCGGCGGGGGAGCUCACGAGCACGGAGGCCAUCAUGAGCACUUCCACGCCGUGGAGGAUCAUGGACACCAUGGCCACGAUGAUGAUGAUGAUGAUGAUGGUGGGUACCACAUCACGCCGAGGGACAUUGCCUUCGGCUUCCUGACCUUCAUGGUUAUCCUCACUAACCUCCAGAGCGGGCUGAUCAACCUCUCCAAGAACAACAACCUUCUGGGUGUCAUCACGUCUCGUAAGCGGCGAGAGGUCUCGAAGCUGUACCCCAUGAGUGAGGUGCCAGAUGGCCCGCUACCCUUCCCAGUGAAGCUGGACGAGAAGAACUGGCUGUUGUUGGAGGACAAGCAGGUUCGAUGCAUACAGCGCAGCGUCUGCGCAACCAACAGGCAGCUGGCGAGGGACCUGGGGCCCACAGGCAGGGCACUGGGACGCUACCUCAGUGGUCUGGUGGCGAAGUCCGUGGACGCCGGAUGGUCGCGUCUGGUGGCAGACGCCGGAACAGCUGGGUUGGCCGGCGUCGAUUGUGGCGUCCUGUACCGCGGAUGCCACAGCCACCUGGAUACGAAGCCACAGAAAAAGCCACGUCUCCCCGAAUGAUCUCGUAUUAAACAUAUGUUCGUAUUUUCUUGUUUUCUGGAGAGGGGAAGGGAUAUAUAUUCUUUGUGAAGGCAUAAAAAUCCCUACAAAAGUUAA